AUGGCCAACCCUGUGCAAUCUCAGUUUUCCCCAGCACGGGAGCCAGGUACCGUCUCACCCCUGGACCUGCCGGAGAUGGAGAUGCUUCUUACCAAAGUGGAGGGCAAGGACGACAAGCCCCUGAAGCUGCCCAAGUCCCUUUCAGGGGCUCUGGAUCUGGAGCAGAAUGGCCAUGGCCUCCCCUUCAAGGUAGUAUCUGAGGGGCACCGGGAAGCCUCACUCCCUCGGUCGCCCUCUCAGGUCAGCUCGAGGCGGGCUUCCUCCGUUGCCACUGCCUCCUAUGCCCAGGACCAGGAAGCCCCCAAAGACUACCUAAUCCUGGCCAUCGCCUCCUGCUUCUGCCCUGUCUGGCCUCUCAACCUCAUUCCUCUCAUCUUUUCCAUCAUGUCUCGAAGUAGCGUGCAACAGGGAGACGUGGACGGAGCCCGGAGGCUGGGCCGGCUGGCCCGGCUGCUCAGCAUCAUCUUUAUCAUCAUGGGGAUCAUCAUCAUCAUCGUGGCCACGACUGUCAACUUCGCAGAGGUCACACGCUCAGCUCGGAACAAGUCACGCAGACUGCAGUCCUCUCAUUGGCAGGAGUUCAGUUCCACCAAGAGCCCCAAAGCAAAUGAUCCUUGUUGUCAUUUUCCGCUAGGAAAUCCUCAAAACAUCCAACUCCUCAAAACGGGGACCUGA